CGGGGCCCCGUAUAACUAUCAGAAAAAGAACCCGAUCAAGCACCCGCACACCAUGAAGCUCCCAUUCCUCGUGACCAUUCUUUCCGCAACCCUUUCCUCCGCUGUACCAAUCGCCAAUACAACCACCAUCUGCGGUCCCGACGAAGCAAUCAUCAUCCUCCUAAGCAACAACACCACUAAGACCAUCAAGAAAGCCGACCUCAAGUCCCAGAUCCCAAACCUCACCUACCUGCCAUCCACCAACAAUGACAGCACACCACCCCUGCUCAUCACCAGCGCCUCCAGCCACAGGAACAACACCACCACCAAGCGCGGAAGCUCCACAAACCUGAUAAUUCCUCUGGAACCGCAGACUUUCCUCGGCUGGGACAUCGCCAUGUCGACCAUCACGCACGCCAACCAGGCCCCCGUCACCCUCGCCAUCCAAUCCGGCCAAUCCAUCGCCAACAGCAUUACGACCGGCGCCUCGGCCGACUUUAGUCUCAUCGAGGACUUUCUCUCUCUGACCACCAGUAUCAGCUACCAGCAGACCACGACGAGCACGAUCACUGGCACCGUGACGAUGACGAUCCCCAAGGGUAAAUGGGGCGCGAUUGUGAGUAAUCCGCUAACGCAUCGGACUCGUGGGUAUGUGUUCAAUGGGGAGCCGGGCAACGGGGGCACAUUUGAGUAUUAUCAGGCGGAUAGCUAUGAAGAUAGUAGCUAUACAUACGGUGAGGGGAAGCUGGAAGAAAAGUGUGACCGUCAAAUACGGCCACCGCAACUAUCCUUGAUCCUUCGCGAUAACAAUGUUCUCCAACUGGAGGAGCAACAACUUCAAGAUGCACUCGAGCAGAGUCGAGAAUAUUGGUAUCAAAUUGCAAAUUUGGCCUUUCACCUGCGGGAAGCAGGCUUUAGUUCGGAGUUCACAAAUCCUCGUCUCGCUCUACACAGAAUCCCGAAACUUCAAGUUCGUUCUGGACGGCUUCACGUUCGCCCCUAUGGAAUGACUCAUAUACGCAGUCUUUGCUGUGAAGCUUCUUCAAUCUGGACUCUGUCUACAGAUCAGGAUUGCGGCAAACUCAAGAAGCAGAUAUCACACCUCACUUUCGUCCAAGUUGGCACUGCUGCUGCUACAUCUUUUAGCUUCAUCGAGGACGCGUUCAGUUCAUGGGACGGCAUGAGCGGAGGAAAUGCCAUUGGAUCAAACCAUCUUGGAAUUCUCGCCCUUGGAUGGUGCUAUGUACUAUCUGCACAGCUUGUUGAGAUGCGAGGUGAAGACUCUUCUAUGCAGUACACUCUCUGCCAGACAGGAUACAGCAAUGAGAGUUUACCCGAUUCCUCACAAGCCCACGUCAUCGAUGUUGGGGAGGUGGACGCGAGCGUAGCUCGCUGGUGGUCUGCAAUACUCGCACCGAAUGAAGGAUGGAAAGCUACAGUGAAGCAAACGCCCCAAGGGGAGUUCCUAGCCCCGUGGUCAGUUUCGCGUGCCUGCGAAACGCAUUUCUCGAUUAAAUAUAAGGGGGCCCUCUCUCCAGACCCUGACCCAACGCCCUUAUCUUCAGAGAGAGCUGUUGAGGCACUUGUUGAAUUCGCACGUCUGCAUGAAUUGCAAAGCCAGUUCUCCAUUGCUCUUACGAUGGCUCUGACAAUCCCCACACAUAAGUAUUAUGGGUUGUCUGCCAAACUGCCUCUUCCCCGAGAUACUGGUUCUAAACCAGUUGAAACACCCGUAGAUGCUGAAUGGAUGAACUUGAAAGAAGACUUGCCCUAUUACAUGACUCUGAGUUGCAGCCCGGAAGUAAUGAUGUCGACCUUCUGUGGAGCAUUCUGGGAGCAAGAUGUCCCCUGCAAUCUCGUCAGCCCAUGGCUACAUCCGAUCAUCAAUGAAGUUUUAGGUGGUUUGCCAGAAAAUGGACUAGAAGUCCUUGCAUUCAUAGGUACAAUCCGCCAGCCACGUUUCACCACAUUCUGGAUCGGGGCUAUUGCCAGUGGCCUAGGCCCAGAAAUUCUCCACAGAGUAAGAAGAGGUCAUCCACCUCUUGACCGGGUCGCCUUUCCCUGGACGGGGUGUCCACAGAGCUUCAUGGACGUUGCAGGAUCGGGCCCGUACACUUGCAAAGAUCCAAAUUACAUUCUGAGAGAAGAUGUCUGGCGGUUAACGAAUUACCCUUCGACCGACGGGGACAAUGAAAGCUAUCAACAUGGACCUAGAGUACCUUGGGCACCGUGCGGAGCAUCUCUCACAAGGGACUGUGCUCUCUAUGUCACGGCACACUUGGACUGCCCCCGGCAUGGAUAUGAGUAUGAUCAUUGGGUGUGGUACUUGCCGGAUGGUACUCUCAUGCAGGACAGUGGGUUCUCGGAACAAGUAACGCCAGCUGUAUCAGAGAGUCAUUUCGACAAUAUCCAGUUAAAGACACGCAGGGAAUUUAAACGAACACAGCUUGAUCAGGAAGCUUCAAGGGAAGCCUCAGGGCAAGUGUUCUUGUGGUACUUUUUCGGUGGAGAAGGACUACCCUCGGAAAGCAUUUAUCAGGAAGAAUGGCUUAAGGAGAUAUGGGAAAAUAAUAUGAGUGAGUUUGGCGGCGGUGAGUUUGAUGAUGGAGAGGUACCGGAACCGGUCGUCAAGUCUGGGGAGUUUGUUGAUUCAUGGCUUAAUACUGUUAGUUGACACUGCCUAGGUGUCUCACGAGUUGCUUAUUGGGGGAAUAGCUUUAGCAGGG